AGCGGAGGUGGGUGUGGUUUCAACUGGGGAUCAGCUGACCCUGGGGUUUGGCUGCCGCCACAACGCGGAGCGCUGGGCAAGAUCCACUGCAAAGAGAUGGACGUGUUCCCCAGGAGAUUCCCUCAGAGUAAGUCAGGAGGAUGUGCCCUGCCUCUGAACUUUCCCUCCGAGAAUUGGAGUCAGAGGGAAAUGUUUGAGCCCGACCCUCGAUGCAGAGCCAGAACUGAAAAUGGUAGCACAGGGCGUGGGAGGGAAACGGAGCAGGAGUCCGCCCGAACAGUGCGCACCGCUGCGAGUGAGAUGAAGGACCGUAUAACCAAAGAUCCAGUGAAGACCAGAGGAAAUGAUGGUCGUUGGAGUCGGGGUGCGGUGCACCCAGUCCGCUGUGACAGGCAGGGCUCUGCUCCCAGAGAGAAAUCCAAACGACCUCCACACCAUGUCCAAGAAAGCGCUGAUGCUGACUUGGAUCCAGACGAGACGGCUGAAGAUUUGGUGUCGGUUUCACCCUUUCCACAGUUGGAAAGAACAGAAGCCAGUGGGAGGACCGGGUCGCAGACGGUGGGAGUGAUGCCUGGUGAGGAGAGUGAUGCUGCACCCAUCCCUGUCCGCAUUACCCCGAGGGCUCACGAAGUAUGGCAAACACUGGGGAGCUUUACUGUAGUGCAGACGGACGCUGCGCUGAAGCUGCCCACUGUGAUGACCCUACCAAUUGAGUCGAGCGAUCCAGAACCACGGGAAAAGAGGAAGAAAACAGCCACAGCAAGUCAUCGCCUCUCAAACAUUCGGGGGGCUGACUCCAUGCUGGACAAGGCGAAGACUCGAGGAGACGCAGGUGAAAAUGGGAAAAAACACGAGCCUGGAGACAAGAGGCCGGUGAAUCGCUUUCCCGCUAAAGGCGAGGAGAUCGGUAAGAAAAGGGAAUCUCGUAAGAGCAGUGGGAACAUCAGAGACGGCGGACACCGCUCGAAUAGAUCCAGCAGUUCUGGCUCAGUGGCUGGCAGCACUGGUCGGGAACAUGAACCCAGAGGAGACAGCACUGGUCGGGAACGUGAACCCAGAGGAGUCAGCACUGGUCGGGAACGUGAACCCAGAGGAGUCAGCACUGGUCGGGAACGUGAACCCAGAGGAGACAGCACUGGUCGGAAACGUGAACCCAGAGGAGACAGCACUGGUCGGGAACGUGAACCCAGAGGAGACAGCACCGGUCGGACUGGGAAGGACGAUCUUGCAAGAGAGCUCUCCAGAUCCAGUGCCCUUUCCGAGAGAGAAAGGCAAAGGAGGCAGAGACACAGGGAAAAGCGUUCGGCUGCGAUCCUCGCCAAGAGGGACAAGCUGAUGAAGAUCUACAAAAUGGACUGUGAGGCCUUUGCCACUGUGGCGAAACAAUUGAUUGCGCAAGAUGCGAGCCUGGAGGAACGUGUGGCGUCGGCCGUCAAGAAGAGUUUGCAACUGAUUGGUGAGCGUUGCCUUGCUGAGCUGAAGGAGACCAUUGCAAAGUGGGAUGCUGCCAAUGUGCUGAAGAAACGGAGAUGAAUUUUAUCCCUAAGUUUACGACCCAGGAGAUGGCUCAUUUUACAUGCCAUUUCCUGAAUCCUUUUUCUGAUUUUCCCUGCCAAUAUUUCUUCCUUUUCGUUCAGCCCGCCAUUGUAAUCGUCGUCCAUAUCUACUGCAGAUGUUGGUAGUCUAUUCCGCCUACUCCCAAUGGAAUCCGGAACCUACUAAUAGCUGUGGACGACAGCAGUGGCAUUGGUUUCUUCUUUCCCAGAGGAGAUGUGUAAGAGUCGUCUGCCACCACGCAUCCUAUCUUGUGUGAUCGGCAACUCCGCAUCAACCAGGCGUCUGACUUGGGGGAACUGCGGGCCCAUAUGGUUCAUCUGUUCGCCAGGUGUUCCCUGUGGAAUGGCUUGUGGACUUUGACUACAAGCUAAAUCCGGAAGUUUGUUUCUGUGCUGGUGGGCGAUCUAUACAGACAGGAGUUGGACAAACAAGUGCCGAAAAUACACAGCGGGCCAAGCAGCCUCUGAGUGGAAGGAAAUGGCUAUCAUUUCAGGCCAACAGCCCCGGAACAGAACUGGUCAUUAAGAGGUAAUUUGCAGGGAAUGAAGGGGUGGAAGGGGAGGAGAGGACAGAGAGAUUUGAUAGGUUAGGAUGGGGAGGAGAGAUGAAAUAACCUGGAGAUGGAGGUGAAAAGUUUAGCUCUCCUCUCCCUCUUUUCCUUUUUCAUCCCUAAACUGAGAAUAUUUCUAAUCUUUUGUGGUUCUGAUGGAAGAUCGUUGACCUGAGACAUGAACUGCUUCUCUCUCCACAAACGCUGCCUGACCUGCUGGGUAAUUUUACCGUUUUCUGUUUUACGUGCUCUAGUUUGGAAUUAUAAUUGGAGAUAACUGUGUAUUUCAUUCAGGUAGCAUUGGAUCAGCUGCUGGUUAUAUUGAAACCCCCGGUCUCUUCCCGCACCUCCCCCCACCCCCCACGGAUUUCUUCUGCCAACAUUUGAAGAUAUUUCUUUUAGUGAGUUGUGCCUUUUUAAGGAAAGCAAAGAAGUGAACAUUUAUCCUGGGUCAGUCAGUGGAACUGAACAUUGUAACUUGUGACUGAAAAUUCUUUCCGUUGAGGUCAAUGGAAUGAAGACUAAAUCGUCUUUAAACCUGAUUGCUGAGUGAAUUUCUGGGUAUGCCUGUUUAUGCUGUCGAUGAACAACAACAGAUUACUGGAGGUGUGUUUUAUGUAGUACUAGUAGAUUUUUUUAAUGCAGUUUUUACAAAAGAAUAAAAUUGUUUUUGACUUAUCAGUGGCUGUUAAUCAGAAUCAGGUUUAAUAUCACUGGAAUAUUUUGUGAGAUUUGUUGACUUUGCAGAAGCAGUACAAUGCAAUACAUAAUAAUAGAAAAACAUGGAUUACAGUGUGUGUGUAUAUAUAUAUAAAAUAUUAAAUUAAGUAGUGCAAAAACAGAAAUAAAAAGGUAGUGAGGCAGUGUUCAUGGAUUUAAUAUCCAUUCAGAAAUCGGAUGCAGAGGGGAAGAAGCUGUUCCUGAAUCGCUGAGUGUGAGCCUCCGGUCUCCUGUACCUCCUCCCUGAUGGUAGCAGUGAGAGAGGACAUGCCCUGCGGUGGGGGGUCCUCAAUGAUGGAUGCUGCCUUUUUGAAGCAUUGUUACUUGAAGAUGUCCUGGAUACUAUGCAGGCUCGUGCCCUCGGCAUCUUUGACAUAUUUCACCUCGUUUGCUACUGAUGUACACAUGGCAAAUAAACUCGAAUCCUGAAUCAACUGCCCCAUUUUCUAUCCUUUUCCAGUAGUCUAUUUCCUCUCAGGUGUCCAGGAAGCGCCCGCCCCUAAUCCUCCUCCCUCCAAACCAGGGAUAAUUUUCACCUGUCAAUCAAACUACCAACGGGAUGCAGAAGGAAAUCCGAGUUACCGAGGGGGGUAAAAGGACAAAACUGCAGGAGGACCUCAACGGGUCAGGCAGCAUCUUUGGAGGGAAAUGGACAGUCACCGUUACCUGGGGGAAAGGUCUAUGUAGUCACAGG